AUGGCAAUGCUCAUAAUAUACUCCAAAAGAAGUGGUGAACACCAAUGGAUUCUCGAGUAUAGGAAUUUGAUAGACGCUAGAUUUAGAAGAUGGUUGGUUACUAGGAUGUUCCCUAAGGUGAACUUUUAUACCGAGAAACAGCACAGUGUCCUCAUUGACAGGUCACAGUUAUUGAGAGCAUCAUCUGAGCAAAUAGCUCAUGCAAGCCCCAAGCUGUUACGUAGUUGCCUUGAGGUGGAAUUCGAACACGAGACAGCUUCGGGCCCAGGUGUCCUACGGGAGUGGAUUUUCCUCGUAUGUCAAGAAUUAUUCCAUCCAGACAAUUCCCUGUUUCUAGCAUGCCCAAGUGACCGUCGAAGGUUCUUUCCUAAUCCGGUUACUCUAGAUCAACGACGACUUAAGUAUUUUACCUUCUGUGGUCAAGUGAUUGCUUUAGCUUUGAUGUAUAAAGUGCAAGUAGGCAUUGCAUUUGUGUUUUUUUUCAAGCAAUUAUCUAGGGAGGCAGUUUCAUUGGAAGAUGUACGCUAUGCGGAUCCAUGCCUAUAUAACAGUUGCAAAAGGAUAUUGGAAAUGGAUGCUGAUUUAGUGGAUUCGGAUAUGAUGGGACUGACAUUUAUCAAUGAAACCCAAGAGUUUGGAUUCAAGAGAGUCGUGGAGUUAUGCCCUGGAGGAGAAGCCAUUGCGGUGAACAGCAACAAUAGAGAAGAAUAUAUACGACUUCUUAUUCAAAAUUGUUUUGUCAAACCUAUGUCUGACAAAAUCGCCUAUUUUGCCCGAGGAAUUUCUAUAGAAGAUUGGAAAGCGCACACUGACUACAACGAUUACGAUGAACUUGAUGACCCAAUCUGUUGGUUUUGGAAGGUUGUUGAGGGUAUGUCUGCGGAGCAGCAAAGGGGACUUCUCUACUUUUGGACGUCAGUGAGAUACCUUUCAGUAAAAGGGUUCUCUUCUUUGGAAUCUCGUUUGUGCAUCUGCAAGACAUCGUCUUCGCCUUUUCAUCUGCCAUCAUCUCAUACAUGCGUCUACAGUUUGGACCUCCCACACUACCCUUCCCUGGACGUAAUGGAGGAGCGGCUCUUGCUUAUAUGCCGAGAUUAUGCCUGCUACAGUUUCGGGAAUUACUAA